CGGGACCCAAAGUAGGCGAGGCCUACAGAAGCUGGGGCUUCUCGCUGUGAGGUCUGGUUACCUAAUGUUGUGGAGGGUCCUUGAGGCGGGAGUGAAAAUUGGGUCUGGGGAUUAGUCCUGGGGUGGAGGUCUGGGCACGCCAGGUCGGACCCCCUCCAUCUUCGGUUUUGCACACUCAGCUUUCCAGGGGUGAGUCGCGGCGGAUCAGACGGCGUCGCGUGCGUGACGUCAUCCAUCGGCGCCGCGCGAAGCUCCAGUGGCCUUGACCUCCCGCGGCGUGGGAGGCUGCGAGGCGAUGCUGCAGUUGGUCCGGGCCGGGGCGCGCGCCUGGCUUCGGCCUACAGGCUGCCGGGGCCUGAGUUCGCUGGCGGAAGAGGCAGCGCGUCCGACCGAGAACCCGGAGCAGGUGGCGGUGGCGAGCGAGGGUCUCCUGGAGCCCGUGCUGCGCAAAGUCGAGCUCCCGGUACCCGCUCAUCGACGCCCGGUGCAGGCCUGGGUCGAGUCCCUGCGAGGAUUCGAGCAGGAGCGCGUGGGCCUGGCCGACCUGCACCCCGAUGUUUUCGCCACCGCGCCCAGGCUGGACAUCCUGCACCAGGUUGCCAUGUGGCAGAAGAACUUCAAGAGGAUUGUGAGUGCCUAAAUGGAGCAAGGUGGCAGGAAGGAGGAGCUUCCUGCGGAGGUUGGGGACGGGACCCAGAGGAAGCCCAUCACUGGCUCUGCAGUGGCCCCUCCCUGCUCACACGCCUCUGUCCCCACAGGAGGUGUUGCCCAUGGCCCCCGGGGCCCCACGAGUUACUACUACAUGCUGCCCAUGAAGGUGCGGGCCCUGGGCCUCAAAGUGGCACUGAGCAUCAAGCUGGCCCAGGAUGACCUGCACAUUAUGGACUCCCUAGAGCUGCCCACCGGAGACCCACAGUACCUGACGGAGCUGGCGCGCUACCGCCGCUGGGGGGACUCCGUGCUCCUCGUGGACUUGACAUACGAGGAGAUGCCACAGAGCAUCGUGGAGGCCACCUCUAGGCUCAAGACCUUCAACCUGAUCCCCGCUGUUGGCCUAAAUGUGCACAGCAUGCUCAAGCACCAGACGCUGGUCCUGACGCUGCCCACCAUCGCCUUCCUGGAGGACAAGCUGCUCUGGCAGGACUCGCGUUACAAACCCCUCUACCCCUUCAACCUGCCCUACAGCAACUUCCCCUGACCCCCGCCCCACGCUACCCAGGGCCCGGUGGCCACCCCGUACCACUCGUGAUGUGAAGCACCUCUUCUGAGCCAGGCAGAGCCCGUGGCUGACUUGGGAGCCUCAGGCCCACGCCCACCCUUCGAGGACGGUGCCACCUGGACCCCCUCAUUCCAGGGAGGAAACUGAGGCCACAGGGAGUGGCCAUCGCCAUUGGGAAGGGGCGACUCCACAGAGAGCCCAGGUGGGCUCCUGCAUCCAUUCUCUCUUUGUUUUUAAAAUAAAUUGUAUUUUUGAAUCAAGGAGG